AUGAAGAAUUUUUCAGGAAUUAAUUCUUUAUAUUUCAUAACAAUCUUUAUUUUAUUCAUAGAUCCAUUAAGCAUAAGUUCAUAUAAAGUAUUGUCAUAUAAUGAAACCGAGCCCGAUUACAAAAUUAACCAAAUCUUAACUUAUCCGGAUGGAAUUUCGGUUGUUUUCUUGACCAAACCAAUAAAUGAUACAUGUAACGAACCAAGGAUUGAUUUGCGAGUUAUACAUCCAAAUGGCACAGUUGAUAAAGUAAAGGUGGAGCAUUCGAUACCGGAUUUUAAUUUUUGUCUUGUAUCAAACGAUAAAUCUUUACGUAUUACGCUUAUUCGCAAUAUACCGGAUUCUAUCUACGCGUUAUAUGUAAACUCCUCCGAUAUAAAUUCGGCAAGUUAUUAUGUGUCACUUCUCACGCACACUGGAAAAAUCAUAAGCAAUACAUUUCUUUCACGGGUUCCCGUCAUGGAUGGAAUAUUAUCUUCCUCCGGGUUUAUGUAUUCUCACGAUAACGAAGCAGGUGGCUUUAUUUUCUGGAAUUAUUUAACUGAAGCUUUUGUUAAAUGGAUUUACUUUAGUAAACCUGAUUCCGAUGGAAAUUUUCAUCCAAUAAAUAAUGGUCACCUUGAAAUUAAAAAUCCUUCAUUAGAUACCUUUAAUAUAUUUGCCACAAUUGAUGAAACCUUUGCUAUAGUAUCUAGUCGUACAAAUAUUUCAAAUCAACCUUUUGAUGUUUCAAUGGAUCCAGUCAGACCAACAUUUGGUCUUUAUGUAACUUUCAUUAAUCCCGAUAAAACUGUUGAUGGACCAUUCUUGCUGUAUCAAUCCGUAAUACCGAAUUUACAAAUUAUGUUUCGAUGUAGUAAAACAUAUACGACUUUGGGAAAUUCUUGCAUUUUGAAUAUGAAGAGGGAUGAAGAUUAUAAAUUGAUUCAAAUAAAAUUUCAGAAUACAGGUUCUGUUGUCGGUAUCAAUAAAUUUUCUAGUCUUGAAUUGUAUAAAGAUUUAAGAGAAACUACGGAAAUUAGAAAUUUGUUUUAUGGAGGGUUCUUGGUACAAUUUUUCGAUGAUUCUGAUGAUACCCUUCAUAAACCAUUUCAAUCUAUCAUUCUUGAUGACGAAAGGAAUUAUUAUAGCACUUUGGAGUUUCCAAAAGAUUUAAAAUUUUCUAAUAAUUGUGCGAUGGGAGAAUUUCGAUACAACACUUUUGUUGUUGCUUACCAGGAUGAUGAAUAUACCUGGAAAGUCUAUUCAGAAGAUUUACCAAGGUUCUUUGAUGAUAAUGGAUAUAAUAACAUAAACGUUAAUACCACACAUCCAUUAAUUAAUUCGAAGAUACCACUAUCAACGACUAGUAUUAACAUUACAUAUAACUUUCCGAUAAUAAUGUCAACGAAUAAUAUCUCUAUUUAUCAAGAUGGUAAUGGCAAAAACGCUAUAUUGCGACAAUCGAUUCCAGGAAACUCUCCAUCAUCAUUUGUUUAUAGUGCGGAUAAUCAGUCAUUAAUUUUAAAUGUUUUAGAGAGCACAUUCAAUCAACCAAAUGCGAAUUAUUACAUUGUAAUUGAUGAUAAUGCUGUUAAAGAUUUGAAAACGGACCAACCGUUAAUGGGUAUUCAAACUCAUACUUGGAUGUUUAAUACCAAUGUUUUUGCGGAGGAUGCAAUCGGUCGAUUUGCCUUAACGACUGAAGGAACUAAUUAUUUCGAAAAUCUCCCACCAUAUAAUAAAACAACUUAUUUAUUACAAUUAAGAAUUGAUUUAUCGAAUUUGAUACCAGUUGAUAUUAAUAGAUUGGAUGCAAUAAUAUGUUGUGAAUACGACAGAAGUCAACAACUUCCAAAAAUUUUAUUAUCAUUACCUAUUAAAUCCACAACAAAAUCAAAUGAUAGAAAUGUCGACCGUGUAAUAAAAGACUUGGAUCUUUUGAUUAAGAAUAAAAAAGUUACACCAAUUUCUUGGUUUUUUACGACAAAUUAUAUAGAUGCAAGUUUUGGAUUUCAACUUACUGUAAACUUAUUUCAGGAUUUUAAAUUUCAUUUAAUCGGCAUCGCUAUUGGAAUAAUAAUUUUAGGAUUGCUUUAUUUUUAUGCCAGAAAAAGGAGUCCUACGGGGAAAAAUAUCGCCAUAUUUAAAUUUUCCUUGAUUAUUUUGGACUUUAUUCUUGAUUUUCUGUUCGUUCUGAAUAAUGGAGCAAAGGUUCCGCAAUUGUUUAUUCCAAGUAUAACAUUUUGUGCAAUGCCGUUAGCAAUUAAUUUCAUCAUGAGCAUAGUCAUGAUCCUUCGAGAAAUUAAACACAACAAGGGUUUUUACGAAUGGUUUAAAGAAAACACCAAUAUGGCAUCUUUAUUUACUAUAUUAGCAAGUACCGAUAUUGGAGUAUUAAAUAUACUUUCUUCUAACGUUGCUGGAAUGGCGUUAUUUAAUGCACCUAUAUCCAAUGGAACUCAAUCUUUAAUAUUUCUUGGAGGUCAUAUUGGAUUUGUUAUUGAAGAUAUUCCACAAUUUAUAAUACAGGUUCUUUAUAAAAAUUCGACCAUCACUUAUGACAUAAUUCCUUUUCUCACGUUAUUAACAAGUUCGAUAGUAUUGGUAACUAGUAUAGUUUCUAGAGUAUAUCAUUUAAUUGUAUAUUCAUGUAAAAAACCAAUAUCUGACGAAAGAUUAUUUCCGAUUAAUCAAAAUAUGUCUAGCGCAAAAGUAGAUGUAGUUGAAAUUGAAGUUAAAGAUCAUUUGACCGUUCCGCAAGUAGCCAAAAAGAAAUUUAGGAAAUCAGUUGAUGAGGAAUUACAAAGACCCUCAACGUUAGCAAUUGAAGUAAUUUUAUGCAUUGGAAUGUCACCUUCUGACAUUCCAAACAUUCCGUUUUCAGCAUUUCCUGGAGGAAAAGAAUGUUUAAAAAGUCUAUCUGAAUUUUGGUGUA